AUGAGUGACGAUCCAACAGAUUUACUCAAAGCUGAACUUGGUAUGGUAUCAGAAAAAUAUGAACAUGAUCCUCAUCAUCAUCAUCACCAUCAUCAUCAUCAUCAUGAGAAGGUUAUUACACCUAGUUUUGAACCGGCAAAAGUUGUAACUCAUAAAGUACAACCAAAAGUUAGUCAUGAUAAGCCAGUUGAACAAAAUGAACAACAAAAGCAACAUGAAGAUGAAGGCAAAUAA